UACGCACUUUGCGUAGCGAGGGGGGUUACCGAAGGUCUGGUGCUUGGCCUUGGGCAAGCCCGGCCUGUCCCCUGUAAGGGGGUGGGUGAGGGGUGACGCUGAAGAAGAAGAGAAGGGGAAUUGGGGCGGUUGAGGGGAUUAUAAUUUCUUUACAAGGAGGGGUUGGGAGAAGCCAUGGCUGUCCCAGCCAAGAAGAGGAAGAUGAACUUCUCUGAGCGAGAGGUGGAGAUCAUCGUGGAGGAGCUGGAACUGAAGAAGCACCUGCUGGUGAACCACUUCAACGCCGGGGUCCCUCUGGCUGCCAAGAGCGCCGCCUGGCACGGCAUCCUGAGAAGGGUCAACGCUGUGGCCACCUGCCGCAGGGAGCUGCCUGAAGUCAAGAAGAAAUGGUCUGACCUCAAGACCGAGGUCCGUCGAAAGGUUGCCCAGGUCCGGGCGGCCGUGGAGGGUGGCGAGGCCCCAGGGUCCACUGAGGAGGAUGGAGCUGGUGGACCUGGGACAGGUGGUGGCAGUGGCGGCGGUGGCCCAGCUGUAGCCCCUGUACUGCUCACCCCCAUGCAGCAGCGCAUCUGCAACCUACUGGGCGAGGCCACCAUCAUCAGCCUGCCCAGUACCACAGAGAUCCACCCUGUGGCCCUUGGACCCACGGCCACCGCAGCCGCAGCCACGGUCACCCUGACACAGAUCCCCACAGACACCACCUAUCACACUCUGGAGGAGGGAGUGGUAGAGUACUGCACAGCCGAGGCCCCCCCGCCCCUGCCAGCCGAGGCCCCGGUGGAGAUGAUGGCCCAGCACGCUGACACCUCCGUCAAGCCGCAGGCACUUAAGAGCCGCAUCGCCCUCAACUCGGCCAAGCUGAUCCAGGAGCAGCGGGUCACCAAUCUGCACGUGAAGGAGAUCGCCCAGCACCUGGAGCAGCAGAACGACCUGCUGCAGAUGAUCCGCCGCUCCCAGGAAGUGCAGGCCUGCGCCCAGGAGCGCCAGGCUCAGGCCAUGGAGGGCACCCAGGCGGCCCUGAGUGUCCUCAUCCAGGUCCUCCGGCCCAUGAUCAAAGAUUUCCGCCGCUACCUGCAGAGCAACACACCUAAUCCCGCCCCUACCUCUGACCCUGGACAGGUGGCCCAGAAUGGGCAGCCCGACAGCAUCAUCCAGUGAGGCUGGGGUUCGGACCAGCCUUCUGUUGUGAUUGGAUGACACCGUGGUGGUCUUGCAAAUGGGUUCUAUGAUUGGCCUUAGGCGAGGGCCAGUCAUGUGGACAGCUCCCUCUUUGACAGACAUUUAAGGGUCCACUGUUUCUGAGAAAUGAAGGAGACUGGGAAGAACUUGUUGGGCUCCUAGGACCCAAACGCUCUUACCCUGACCCCUUGAGCUGCCUUGCUAAGAACCUGAAGAUUGGGUGAGCGUCAGGCGCUGGUGAUGGACACGUGUUGUCAUGAGCCAGGGCUUGUGAUGUGACCCACACUCCGUUGAGGACUACGGUAAGGAAGGCUCUUUCUGGGGGGGCUGUCUCACAGCGGGGGGGCAUGCUGCAGUGCCCCCCUGGCGGUGCCGUCCAUUUGACCAAGGUAAUGUCAGUGGUGCUGGCAGCAGCACGGUAAUACCUUCUUCCUCCCUUGGGAGGCAGAGUGACUAGGCCUGAGGAGGAACCCUGCCCUCUUCUCCUUCUCACUGUGCUUCGGUUCUCAGGGGACUUCAUGCCGAGCUCUCUCCCCACCCGACCCCAGGCACAGCAGGGGCCCUUGUUAGUGCCCUGGGCUGCCCCUGCAAUAUACCCGGGAUGCGGCCCGCCAGGCUCAGGAAUGCUGUGUGUGGUGGGGACAGCUCGGCCACCAUCUGGUCUUCCACUGCGUCCCUGGGCAGCCUUUUGGUGGUUUGUCCCUACAGCUUUUGACUCAGGUCAAGCAUCAGGCUUUGGGUGCUGUAAAUUUUGAGAAAGCAAACCAGUGUGGAGAAUUGUUGCCGCACUGCGGUGGGUCGGGGGUGACCUGCGGGCUUCGUCCAGAAGGCUCCAAGCCAGUUGUAUUUAUUCUGUACACGAACCUCUCCUGGGAAGGCCUCCAGGGGCAACGAGGGCAGCUCUGGCCACACCCUUCCUCCUUUCCUCUCUGCUGACUUUGCAUAUCCAAAACCCAGUGCAAAAACCCCUGUUCAACAUCACACCCUGGACUCCCUUCACACGUCAUUCAGCGCCUCGUGUUUUCAAGAGACCCCCACUGACUGGCUGGGUGAAUCUGAAGGCCUCAUUGGCCCUGAAUGUCUGAGGUGGAGUGUUGAAGCUGACCUAAGAAGCAGGACCUUGGACUUCUGUGCUCGGGGAAAAGCACACAGACCUUGGAGUGCUGAAGGAGUGGUGUUCCCUGUUCCCUCUUGACUCUCUCUCCCCGUUUGUAGGGCGCUUACCCAGAUGGCAUGUGUCUGUUUCAUUUUCAGAAUUGCCGCCAAUUACCAAGACCCUUGCAUCUUCCCAGAUCAUUUCCCAUGUUAGCCAUUUGCUGCCAGUGCCUUGGACCCACGUGACCAAUGGUUACAGCUCAAGGCUCUGGAUCUCAGCUAAACAUGAAGGUGCUGCCCUUCUGGGCACAUACAUUUAGAAUUGCUCAGCCUCACCGUUACAAUCAUGGGAAGAUGCCCCCAAAGAUGGUUGGGAGGUGACUGCCGAAUCACCAACCUCUCUGUCGAAGUCACAUGCGGUGCCAGCUAUGGAGGAAUCAAGCUGGUGAGGGAGUUGGGUGGCGGAAGGAAGCCCCUUCUUAGCGUGUCUGGACAGCAGCAGGCCCUGGCAGCCAGGGCCCCCUCCUUCCAUGGAGCCUCAUGGCUCCAGCAGCCUUGCUGUGGGGACUUCCUGAGGAUUUGUGACUUGGUUUGGUCUUUCUCUGGGGUUGUCAGUCUGAGCCAAUAUUGUGUCUGUUCCCAUGGGGUAUAAAGAGGAUGCCUGGAUCACUUAAACUGAUUCUUUCCAGGUCAUAAUUUUAAAUUAAAGAAAUAUCACUUUUUUAUACACACGUCUGUGUCUUUAUUGGUUCUAUCUAGAAGAGAUCUGGGUUGGCAGAGAGCAGGGGCUGGCACGCUA